AUGAUGUACAUUGUUGUUUUCAAUGUUGAAAAUAGUUUGUUUUUCUAUUACUUAAUUUACUGUGAUCACUUUUAUUUAUUUAUUUUUCUCUGUCUGUCUCGUUUUCUACAGACUGACGAAGAAUUGACAAAGUUGAGUGUUAAACUGAAAACUAAUCUUCGUAAUCAACAAAAACUUGCUGAAAAAAUUCAAGAUAUGCAGACAGAAUUAGAAUCCUUACAAAAGAAAAUGAUUAGUGUUGAUGAGAAACUGAGAGAAGUGGAGAAGAAGGCUAGUAUUUCUAUGGACAGUUAUCAAAAACUUCAAGCUCAGAUUGAAGAAAUACAACAACAAUUAAAAAUGAAUCAUACUAAAUUAACUGAAGCAGAGACUAAUUUAACAGAAAUAAAAAAAGCUGAAGUUAUCUCUCAUCGUUUAGUUAAUCAAUUAGAAGGUGAAUUAUCUGAAGCUAAUACAAGUGUACGUCAUUGGGAACGUGAAAUUAGAAACUUAAAAUUACAUCAUAUCGAUGAUGAAGAUGAGGAUGAUGGAGUGAAUAAUACACAAACUGUAGAAUUAUCUCCUUCUGUUCAUCAAAUUAUCAAUAAUACUACAAAUGUACAAGUGAUUGGUGAUUAUGAAAAUUCUCUUCAUCAACAAGAAUCAUCAUCAUCGCCAUCAGCAUUAAGAAUAAUAACACAAAAAUCAGAACAGUUGAUUACUAAUGAAAAGUAUAAAAGUGGUAAAGUUAAAUCUCUUCCUAAAUUUACAGAUGAAGAAUUAAAAGAACUUUCUGUCGAUAAACAUGAAAUGCAACGUCUAGAAGAGCGUAUCUCUAGUAUGUCUCCCAAUAUGGCAGCUAUUGAAGAGUAUCGUCGAAAAGCUCAGAAUUAUUUAACACGUGUCAGUGAAUUGAAUCAUAUCACCAGUAUAAUGGGUGAACAACGUCAACAUCUAGAUGAUGCUAAAUCGAAAAGAUUGAGUGAAUUUUUAAACGGUUUUCAUGCGAUUACAAACAAGUUGAAAGAAAUGUAUCAAAUGAUUACACAAGGUGGUGAUGCAGAAUUAGAAUUGAUUGAUUCACUUGAUCCAUUCUCUGAAGGUAUUGUAUUCAGUGUACGUCCCCCAAAAAAAUCAUGGAAAAGUAUUGCAAAUUUAUCAGGUGGUGAAAAAACUUUAUCUAGUUUAGCUUUAGUCUUUGCAUUACAUCAUUAUAAACCAACUCCAUUAUAUGUAAUGGAUGAGAUUGAUGCAGCAUUAGAUUUUAAAAAUGUAUCAAUUAUUGGUAAUUAUUUAAAGGAACGUACAAAAAAUGCUCAAUUCAUUGUUAUCUCAUUAAGAAAUAAUAUGUUUGAAUUAUCUGAUCGUCUAGUUGGUAUUUAUAAGACAUACAAUAUAACAAAGACAAUAACAUUAGAUCCUUCAUCAUUAAUGAAUCAUUUACACAGUUUAGUAAUACGUGUAGCUACUGAACAAGGUUAUAAAGGUGAUUUACCUUCUUUACUACCACAAUCCCAACCGGUGUCACUGCCUCCAGCUUCAUCACAACAACAUACUAGUCAAACUACAAUUCCAGGAACACAAAGAAUAUUGCAAACAGAUAACACUGAAAAUCAUGAAACUAUUGUCUUAGAUUCAUGUGUUGAAGAAACUAUUCUUGUUAAUGGUGAUCAUGAUGAUGAUGAUGAUGAUGAUGAUAUGCAGACGGAAUUAGGAAUGAUCAAAGAUAUUGUUGGCAGUACAGCUAAAUUGUUAUCGAUUUCAAAUAAUAAUGAUGAUACUACUACUCCUACUACUACUGAUAACAAUAAUAGUAAUAAUAAUCCAGCGUCUGUUGUGCAGUACUGA